UCAGAAAAUAAAAAAAUUUUAAGAUACUCGCGCGACAACUUGGAGUUAUUGACAAGAAGCAAAGGAGGAAACGCAUAUCAUUCCACUGAAGAAUGGGUGACAGAUGAGGAUGCAACAUUGAGAGAUAGGGAGAAGCAGAAAAAAUUAGUGU